AUGCUGCGGCGCAUGACCGAGCUGGGCAUGCCACAAGAAUGGACAGACCUCCUACGUCGCCUCUAUGCCGAUAGCUCGGUGGUAGCACGCUUGGCAGAUACGUCCUCUGAGCCAGUAAAGGUCAGCAGAGGACUCAGGCAGGGGUGCCCACUCUCGCCCCUGCUAUACAUGCUGUAUGCAUCAGGCUUAGAAAGUGCCCUCAUCCAAUCAAACAUUGGGUUCAAGAUGAAAUUCCUGUCAGAAGGACAGCCCGAAGUAUGGACACUACCGGGGCUGGUGUUUGCAGAUGAUAUUGUUCUCCUUGCGGAAGACCGACAUCAGCUCCAGCAGUUGGUGACAAUAUCAGCUCACCAUUUGGCAGGCUUAGGCCUUCGGUUCAACCCUCAGAAGUCGGCUGUUGUCCAAUUUGCCGGAGAAGUGGAUACAAACCUCCCGUUGGAACUUCCGAAUGGAGACAAACUGCCAUUCUCAACAGAAUACCGGUAUCUGGGUGUGACCAUCGGCAUGGGGGAAGGCCACUUCUUGGGGCACGAGGAUCGGUUGCGACAGACCUCCCAGCGCGCGAGCUGCAUUCUGCGCCGGAGAAGCCUCUGGGGUUGCAACAGAUAUGUAUUGGUGCGAGAGCUGUGGAAGUCGGUCCAUGUCCCAUGCCUGACCUUUGCGAAUGCCAUUAUAUGCCUGACAAGCAGGACCCCGAACUCGGCGGGGUCGGAUAUGGAAGCUGGCAGCGAAGACGAGGGACCCUGCAAUGUUGCCAGUCCGUCCCCCGUGGCAUCACCCGAUUCAAACAACAACAGCGAAAGUGUGCACAGUCCGGCAGGCUCCGACAACGAGGAUGGCAGUGGUCAGGAGAGUGGUCAAGAAGACGAGGACACCAACAACAACGAGGCGUCCAGGGACUCUGGCAUCUUCAAGUCCCACCGAGGCCUCGCCAAGUAG